AUGCUGUCCCCUCUUCGGUGUUUUCUGUAUUUGUUAGUCCUUGGCGUUUCGGGAGUAAACUCGUCGACCCUCCGCCUGCAUCCGGACCAGCGCUUCACGCCGCCGCAGCAACGGGGCUUCUUCACCAUUGAGGCGAACGAGGAUUUAACGGACGGAGAUGGAGGUGGAGGAGGAGGUGGUGGCGGAGGAGGAGGAGGAGGACGCGCCGCGGCUCCUGCGCUGCCUCCGGCCGUCCGGGGCUCCGGCGCCCGCCCGGAGCCCCGAAGCCGCCGGAGCACCGGCGAACUAGCCAUGCCGAAGGUGUACGGCCAGGCUAACUUGAACGACUCUCACAACCAGAUGGUGGUCCACUGGGCUGGCGAGAAAAGCAACGUAAUUGUUGCUUUGGCUCGAGACAGCGCAGCUGCGACGGGGCCCAAAACCAGCUCUGUUUAUGUGUCCUACGACUAUGGGAUGUCUUUCACGCUCGUCUCGGACAAGUUCCAGUUUUCCAAAGCCAAGAUGAAGGACGGCAGCAAGCAAGCCAUCUCUCAGUUCUACCACAGCCCAGCAGACAACCAGCGGUAUAUUUUUGCGGACUCCACCAACAACUACUUGUGGAACACCUUUGACUUCUGCAACACUGUUCAGGGCUUCGCUCUUCCCUUCAAACCAACCGAUCUGCUGCUUCACUCCAGACGGUCUAACCUUGUGCUCGGCUACGACGGCUCUCAUCCAAACAAGCAGCUGUGGAAAUCUGACGAUUUUGGGGAAACGUGGGUGCUGAUCCAAGAGCACGUGAAGACCUACUUCUGGGGUGUGGAGCCUUACGACCCCCCCACUACAGUGCUGGUCCAGAGGCACGAGCCCCAGGGCGUCUCCACCAUACUCAGCAGCACCGACUUCUUUCAGAGCGAGCAGAACCGCAAGGUGAUCCUGGAGAAGGCGGACAGCUUCCAGCUCCGGGACAAGUACAUGUUCGCCACCACCACGCGGAAACUGUUCGGCAGUCAUGAGGCCUCAUCAGUUCAGCUCUGGGUGUCCUACAACCGUCAGCCAAUGAAACAAGCCCGGUUUAUGACCCGACAUCCAAUAACAGAGUACUACAUAGCAGACGCAUCCGAGGACCAAGUGUUUGUGUGUGUGAACCAUCUGAACAACGUCACACACCUCUACAUCUCAGACACACAGGGCCUGUCAUUCUCUCUGUCCCUCGAGAAUGUGCUAUAUUACAGUCCCGAGGGCUCGGGCAGCAACACACUCAUCAGGUACUUUGCCAAUGAACCUUUCGCGGACCUGCACCGUGUGGACGGGCUGCGGGGAGUGUUCAUUGCCACGCUCAUCAACGGCUCCGUCAGCGAGAACAACAUGCGCUCCGUCAUCACCUUUGACAAAGGAGGCACGUGGGAGCUUCUGCAGCCACCUGCGGCCGACAGCCUGGGAGGAACUGUGGACUGCCAGCUCAGUAAAGGUUGUUCUCUCCAUUUGGCCCAACGGUGGAGCCAGCUGUUCAACAUCCAGCUGCGGAGGAUGCCCAUUUUAUCCAAGGACUCCGCUCCAGGACUCAUCAUGGCGACAGGUUCUGUGGGCAGGAACUUGGCCAACAAACCUAAUGUGUAUGUUUCGAGCAGUGCUGGCGCCCGGUGGAAAGAGGCACUGGCAGGCCCUCAUUUCUACACGUGGGGUGAUCACGGUGGUAUCCUAAUGGCUAUCACACAGGGAGGCUCAACAAAACACCUCAAGUUUAGCACCAAUGAAGGUGAGACGUGGACUGAAUUUAAGUUCUCAGACAAGGAGGUGUACGUGUACCAGCUCCUGACGGAGCCCGGAGAGAAGAGCACCAUUUUCACCAUCUUUGGAUCCUACGCUGAGCAGAAACACAGCUGGCUCAUCCUGCAGGUCAACGCCUCGGACGUCCUGGGCGUGCCUUGUUCUGAGGCCGACUACAAGCACUGGUCCCCAUCAGACGAGCACGGCAAUGAGUGCCUGUUGGGCCGAGAGAUCACCUUUAAGAGACGGGCUCCUCACGCUACGUGCUUUAACGGGGAGGAUUUUGACCGACCGGUCACCGUCUCCAACUGCUCCUGCACGCGCCAGGAUUACGAAUGUGACUAUGGCUUCAAGCUUAGUGAAGACUUGUCCCUUCAAGUGUGUGUGCCAGACCCGGAGUUCCUGGGCGACCUCUAUGUACCUCCAGUUCCUUGCCCUGUUGGUACCACCUACCGCCGCAGUAAAGGCUACAGGAAGGUACCAGGUGACAGCUGUAAUGGAGGCGACGUCGAGUCUAGACUGGACGGAGAGAUGUUGCCCUGUCCUGUCGGAGAGAGUAAUGAAUUCAUCCUAUACGCUGUGAGGAACUCCAUUCAUCGCUACGACUUGGCCACGGGCACCGACCAGGCCCUGCCUCUGGCUGGCCUGCGGGAGGCUGUGGCCCUGGCCUUUGACUACGACAGGAACUGUCUGUACUGGGCUGACAUCUUUCUCGACACCAUACAGCGUCUUUGCCUUAACGGCAGCACUGGUCAGGAGGUCGUGGUCAGGAAAGACCUGCAGAACGUGGAGGCUUUGACCUUCGACCCUAUAAGUCGGCUCCUUUACUGGGUGGAUGCAGGCGCUCAAAAGAUUGAGGUUUCUAACCCCGAUGGGGACCUGCGUCACACUUUGCUCAACUCCUCCACCCUGGAACAUCCUCGAGCUCUGGUCCUACUGCCUGGUGAGAGUCUAAUGUUUUGGACUGAUUGGGGAGACCGAGCAGCCGGCGUGUACCGGAGCUACAUGGACGGAACCAAUGUAUCCUGCAUCGUGUCAGAAGGCGUCCGCUGGCCCAACGGGAUCACGGCCGACGAUCACUGGCUGUACUGGACAGAAGCCUACAGCGACCGUAUUGAGAGGGCCGACUUCUCAGGGAGCCAGAGGAGCAUUCUCAUGGAGGGACUGCCACAUCCAUACGCCAUAGCUGUCUUCAAGAAUGAUCUGUACUGGGACGACUGGUCGAGAAUGGGGAUCUUCAAAGCUCCAAAGGCUGGAUCUCAGAACAAUGAGCUGAUUGUUGGCAGACUAAGUGGAGUCAUGGACCUCAAGAUUUUUUACAAGGGAAAGAGCAGAGGCCACAAUGCCUGCGCUGACCAGCCCUGCAGCCUGCUAUGCCUGCCUCAGCCCGGCCACAGACACACCUGCGUGUGCCCAGACGAUACCCCUACUGUGACCAUGCCGAACGGGGAGCUCCAGUGCCUGUGCCCCCCCGACUACCAACUCCAAAACAACUCCUGUGUAAAGACCGAGCACAGCUGUUUGCCCAACCAGUACCGCUGCUCCAACGGCCGCUGCAUCAGCAGCAUCUGGAAAUGCGACAGCGAUAACGACUGCGGGGACAUGAGUGACGAACAGGAGUGUCCCACCACCGCCUGCGAUCCAUCCAACCAGUUUCGCUGCGUGGCCUCGGGCUCAUGCAUCCCGCUGGCCUUCAAAUGCGACCACGAAGACGAUUGCGGAGACAACAGCGACGAGGAGCAUUGUGAGUCUCACCAGUGUGGCCCAGGGGAGUUCACCUGUGCGCGUGGCGUUUGCAUUCGUGAGGCAUGGCGCUGUGAUGGAGACAAUGACUGCAGAGACUGGUCAGAUGAAGCCAACUGCACAGUGGGCCACCAUACAUGUGAGCCCAGCAGCUUCCAGUGUCACACUGGUCACUGUAUCCCACUGCGCUGGAGGUGUGAUGGCGAUAAUGACUGUCAGGAUGACUCGGAUGAAGAUCCUCAAUAUUGUGAGGGCACACAGUGUAAAGGCUUCCUCUGCUCCAAUGACACCUGCCUGCCGGCCACUGCUCACUGCAAUGGCGUCCAUGACUGCCCAGAUGGUGCUGAUGAGCAAAACUGUGACCCGUUGUGUACUCGGUACAUGGAGUUCGUAUGCAAGAACCGAGCCCAGUGUCUGUUUCAGUCUCUGGUUUGUGACGGCAUCAAACACUGUGAGGACGGGUCCGAUGAGGACGCCGAGUACGCUGGAUGUGCUACACCAUCUGAAUUCGGCAAAGUGUGCGAUGCCUAUACUUUCCAGUGCGCCAACGGAAUAUGUGUAAGCUUGGAGUGGAAGUGCGAUGGCAUGGAUGACUGCGGGGACUACUCUGAUGAAGCAAAUUGUGCUGCUCCCACGGAGGUGCCAGGCUGCUCCAGGUAUUUCCAGUACGAAUGCAAAAAUGGACGCUGUAUCCCUACGUGGUGGAAAUGCGAUGGGGAGAAUGAUUGUGGCGACUGGUCCGAUGAGGCUCACUGCACAGGUGGAGUCACUCCUCAUGCUGUGACCCCUGGUCCGACUACGUGUGCCCCCAACCGCUUCCACUGUGGCUCCGGCGCAUGCAUCAUCAACACCUGGGUGUGUGAUGGCUAUGCCGACUGUCCCGACGGCAGCGAUGAGCUCGGGUGUCCAACAGCAGCGAAUGGCACUGUGACGCUGGCCCCAGCGCCAACCCUGGCCCCCCCAUCCCCCGGCCACUGUAGCCGAGGUCAGUUCCUCUGUCGCCGACCCCCCCAUUGCAUCCCAGAAUGGCAGCACUGUGACGGCCAGCUCCACUGCCAGGACGGCUCUGACGAAGCCCACUGCCCCACUCCCGGGCCUCUGUUCUGUGUGAACGGGACUCGAUGCUCUGACGGUGAAGCCUGCGUGCUGGACAGUGAGAGGUGUGAUGGUUUCCUGGACUGCUCCGACCACAGCGACGAGGACAACUGCACCCCGGACACACUGGCCUACAAAGUCCAGAACCUCCAGUGGACGCCAGAUUUCAUGGGGGCCAUCACUCUGACCUGGUCCCGUCCCAAAAACCUCCCCGUGAACUCUUGCUACUUCCUCAUUUACUACAGGCUUGUAGGGACACAACAGUGGACCAUCAUGGACACCCACAGCAACAAGACCAGCUACAAACUGACCGUUUUGCAGCCGGACACCACCUACCACGUGAAGGUGCUCACGCAAUGCCUCAGCAAGCUUCACAAGACCAACGAGGUGAUCACAGUCAGGACGCCAGAGGGAUUGCCUGACCCCCCCAGGAACCUGCAGCUGUCGUGUGAUAACAGAGAAGAGGGGACCGUCGAGGUGUCCUGGAAUCCUCCUGACAAAGGACACGGCCUGAUCAGGGAGUACAUAGUUGAAAACUGCGAGCACGGAGGUCUUGAUUGGACGUCGCAAAGGUCCACCGAAACCAGCAUCAAAGUGAAGGAGCUGCAGCCAGAUAUUCUUUACAGGUUCAGGGUGGCUGCUGUGACCAGUCGAGGUGUUGGAAACUGGAGUGAGAUUAAAUCCAUCACCCCUAAAAAAGCUCUGCCACCUCCGUCUGUUAUCGCCGACAGCAUCACCUCCGACUCCAUGAGCCUGUCAUUCAGUUUGAACUCGCAGUACGAAGUGAAACACUACGUCGUGAUACUGUCCUGGCAGUUUGAUAGCCACGUCAAGGAGAGCCACAACCACACAGUCCAAGACAGAAUCCUCAAAGCCACAAACCUGACAGCGGGGACUUUGUACGAGGUGGCUGUGUGGGCCCACACCAGCAUAGGAGACAGUCCUACGGCCCUGUCACAACACCAGACCGUCGGAGCCCAGCCCGAACGGCCCCUCCUCAAAGCCAGGGCUCUAAACCAGACGGCCGUGGAAUGCAGCUGGACCACCAAUGGGCCCCCUGCAGAGCUGUACGGCGUGUUUUAUGCCACGUCUUUCCUGGAUCUAUACCGGAGUCCCCGUCAGGUCCGCACCUCCUCUCUCAGCCUCACGGUGACCGUGGACAGCGAUGAACAGUAUCUCUUUCUGGCUCGGGCUGUCUCUCCCUACCUGGGCCCCCCCUCUGACUACACGGUGGUUAAAAUGAUUCCCAAUGAGAGGCUCCCACCCAGGAACCUCCACCGUGUGCGGAUCGACCGGACUCAGGCCACGCUGAAGUGGCAGCCGCCGUACGACACCCCCGACGCCCCUCUGACCUAUGUGAUCCACGUGAGGGACGUGAUCCGGAAGACGGAGCACGACUACAAGCUGACCACUCAGAACAACACGGUGGAGUACCUUCUCAAAGGCCUGGAGCCCGGCGGAAGGUACAGCAUCUCUGUCCGCCUGCGCAACAUGAGCAAGGAGGCCAGCUUCACUCUCAGCACAGUGCCGCUUCCUGCUCCGGAGGCCUUGAAAAUAUUGACCGAGCAAGAUCACGUGUUCCUCUUCUGGAAAAGCUUAGCGGUGCACGACAGGGGCUUCAAUGAAAGCAGGGGCUACGAGGUGCACGUGUUCGACAGCGUGACCAACCAGACGUCGUACCUGGGCAACACCACCGAAACAUACCUCCGCAUCAGCAGCCUUCUGGCCGGACACAACUACACCUUCUCGGUGCAGGCCCGCUGCCUGAUAAACGGCCAGCUGUGUGGGGAGCCCGCCCUCCUGCUCUACGACCAGCUGACAGGCAGCAGCGAGGCCGCCCGCACCGAGGGCCACUCGGGGGACACGGCGGCGGUGGUGGUUCCCGUCCUCUUCCUGCUCCUGCUGGGAGUGUGCGGCGGCCUGGUGGCGCUCUACCUCAGACACCGCCGGCUCCAGAACAACUUCACCGCCUUCGCCAACUCCCACUACAACUCUCGCCUGGGUUCCGCCAUAUUCUCCUCCGGGGAUGAGCUGGGGGAUGACGAUGAAGACGCUCCCAUGAUCAGUGGCUUCUCGGACGAUGUUCCCAUGGUCAUCGCGUAGCAAGACAUCCCCCCCUUUUACGCUUCCCACCCUGCUUCUGCUCCCUUUUAGUCCCCUUCACUCCUCAUCUCGGCGCAGUACAACGGAGUGCAAAGCCAGCAGGUGGAAACUAACCGCCGCCUCAAAUCCAUCGAAGGGAAUCCCUCCUGGUCCACAGGAAAACAUGAAGAAAAAAGCAGAAAAGCGCAAAAAAAAAGAGAAUUAGAUAUUUUUCAAAGAUACGAUGCACUUUUUUGGAUGCGCAAUAACUUAUUUUUUAUAACGUUGAAUGAGUAUAUCUAUAUAUAUAUAUAUAUAUAUGUUAUGGGUCAGCAAAAGGACUGGAGAAGUGGUCGGUAGCUGAGGAAAACUGUGAAGGAUCUGAGUUUGUCCUGUAGGGAAAGAGAGACCCGAUCUGAAAUGCAAACUCACUUUCUAUUAGAGCGGUUCGUUGCUUAAAGCCAAAAUAAGAAUCUAAACUGGAAAAGGAAAGGAAAAGAAAAACACACACACACACGUAGACACAUAGAAAAACCUACGAAUAUAUAGCCUCAUGCUGUAUUCACAAUGUACAAAUAGAAUUCCUUUGGGUCUGCAAGGGUUAGAUUUCUGAAUAUGUAGCGGUGGAGCCCCGUUUGAGAUUUGUGGAAGAGCUACCCAUACACCACGCGUCAUCCGAAGUACCUGUCUUAGUUACAUCGUCUGUGACUAGAUAAUCGACGAACAGAUCUGUGAUUAGACUCAUCACUGGCACCAUGUAAUGUCGUCAUGGAAACACUUUUCUUUCUCUCACCAGCACACUGUUGUAUGUAAGUAUGUAUGUAGAGGUGACACAUGAUUAGAAAACGUAAUAUUCCUGGCUCCAGGGCUAAAGAAAAAACCUCGGAGCAUUGCCAAGAUGAUAGAACCUAUUUGUAAAUAUAGGCUUUUAAUAUGUCCUCACCUUGUAAUGCUGCACCAUAUCAUUCUGUAAAAAUGUUUUCUUUUUAAUUAUUGUUUUUACAAAUCAUUCAGGACCACAAAAAAGAUUUUUACCACAGCUGUGGUCGUAGAUGAAGUGUGUUUGGGGUUCUCAGGGAACUGUGUCAGAGCGGCACAGUGCAGCACCAUCACCACCACCACGGCUUAGGCGCCACUGUCCAUCUACUGUUAAAUAGGUACUGAAACGUCGUUAAGGGGUCAGGGGUCAGCGGUCAGCUGCGGGCAGAUCAUUGUUGGCGGCCCGAUGAAGAAUCAUCAGGCAUUUAUUCACGUUUCGCUCUCAUUUAGGUCUUGGAUUAUUGUUAUUUUAGAUUACUUUGGAUUUCCACUUUGACCUAAAUAGAUUACUUUUUUUUAUUUUUGUGGAAAUAGGCCCAUUGGGUUCAUGGGAUUACACCAGAAAAUGGCGCAUCAAAAUUUAAUUAAGGGCUUUUUUCCCCCAAAAACACACAACGCUUUAGCUUGUUCAGGUAAGAAAAAGAUUAACAAAGUCAUCAAUUUCUGUCAUGUGAAAUAAGAAUUUUCACGUUAUAUGUCAGUUAAUCUCCUUUUUCAUGCUAAAACUGCUCUGUAUGUGUAAAAGUAGCUGUCUUUUUGACCAAUUACUGUAAAAGUCCGAUACAUAGGUAACAAACAGUCAUCACAUUCCCCUCAACCUAAAGUAAUUCGAUCAAAUAACUGUAAAUGUCUGAACAACCUAUCAUAGACUCUCAUAAACAUCAAGACAAGCAGUUUUCCCCCCCACCGUUGAUCUUCACGGACAAGCAUGAUGGAUACUUUUUGUUUUUUGUUUUUCUCUCGUGAAGGAUUGCGAGAUCAGACGUGGAUCGAGCCGUUGAUUGUACAGAAAGGACCGUGGUGGUUAUUAUUUGUCCUUAAAUGUGUCACCACGCACCAAAACAACAAAAAAACAAAAAAAAAAACAUUGAUUCUGCUCCACUUCACGGCCGAUACCAGCCCAACCUCCCCCCCACGACUCUACUGCACUCCAUUAACCGAUGUCUGUCUUUUGCCUCUGGGCUCGAGCCAUUUGAACUUUGAAACCGAUGGUGUCCUGCUUUUUAUCGAACUGUUUUUUUUUUUGGUUCGUAAAGGUGUCUCAUGAAUGUAUUUUGUACAUAAACCUCCGAAGAUUUUUUUUUUCUUCCCCCCCAGCUCAUGAUGCUACUUCUCGCCACCUGUGAACUCAGCGCACGCUCUGGUUUGAACUGGUGAAAUCACUGCUUUCACAGUGUUUGCACUCGGAAGAAUUUCGUCUGUUCGUUUCGGUUCGAAAACCCACUCCCAGAACAUUCUAGAACGGUAGAGCCCACCUGUCCUUCCUUGCAUCGUUAAAUCCCGUCUAUUGACCUGUGAGUUUUCCUUAAGACUUAAUCUCGUUUGUUUAUUUUUGCUCUGGUAUUGAGGUACUUUGUUCUGUUUCUGGCCUUAAAACUGAUUUCUCUUUCGGUACAG